AUGACAGAUGACAGACUGUUUGGGAGGAGCAUAGUAGAAAGAAGGUUUUUGAAGAAGAAAAAAGAACCUACAACUGAAGUAGCAAGUACAUCAGCCGUUAGUUCUUCCGAGAAUACAGAUAGUAUGACUUCGUCUGAAGAAAUUCCUAGCACGCCUCAGGUGGAGAAAAAGAGGAAAAAACACUACAAACAAAAAUUUAGAUCAGAGUGGAUACGAAUCUAUCCUUGGUUAGAAGAAAAAAAAACAACAGUCAUUCUGUAAAGCUUGCUCAAAAUUUAUUGCUGGAGGUUUUAAACAUUUAGGACGACAUGCAUCAUCCCAGACUCAUGAAAAAAACAUCAUAAAAGCAAAAAAGACACCAACCA